AUGCGGCGCCGCGGGGCGCCCCUGGCCGCGCUGCUGCUGCUGCUGGCGGCGCUGAGCCCGGGCGCCGCGGAGCCCGCGGCGGAGCCCCGGCCGCCGGGCCCCCCGCGGGGCCAGGGCUGCGGGCUGCCGGCGCCGGGCCGCCGCGCCGCCCCCCCGCACCACCCCUACGGGCUCUACCCGGGCCGCGCGGCGCGGGGCCCCGGCGCGCCCCAGGUGCUCGGCGCUGCAGCCCCGGCGGGCGGCGGGCGGCCGCGGGGCCGGCGGCCGCGGGGCGCCGGCGGCGGCGGCGCCGAGGACACGUGGGGCGAGCCGGCCGCCUUCCCCCGGCGGGACAGGCUCCGGGGCCGGGCGCCGCAGGGCCCCGGCGGGGCCGGGCCGAGCCCCCCCCGCGGCCGGGCUCUCUCCGCCCUGUACUUCUCCGGGAGCCGGGAGCAGCUGGCGGCGAGGCCGGAGGCGCUGCCCGACAUCCCGCGGGCGCAGUUCACCGUGGAGGUGUGGGUGAAGGCGGAGGGAGGACAGAGCAACCCGGCCAUCAUCGCAGGUGUGUUCGACAACUGCUCCCACACGGCCAGCGACAAGGGCUGGGCCCUGGGCAUCCGCGCCCUGCAGCUCCGCGGCAAGAAGGAUGCCCGCUUCUUCUUCUCGCUCCGCACGGACCGGGCGGCCGCCGCCACCGUGGUGGCCGGCCACCGCCGCUACCGCCCCGAGGCCUGGACCCACGUGGCCGCCACCUACGACGGGCGGUGGAUGGCGCUCUACGUGGACGGGGCGCGGGUGGGCCGGGCGGGCCGGCAGGCCGGGGCCCUGCACAGCGCCUUCAUGGCCUCCUGCCGCACGCUGCUGCUGGGCGGCGACGCCUCGGGGGCCGGCCACAACUUCCGCGGGCACCUGGCGGAGCUGGCGCUGUGGCGCGUCGCCCUGCCCCAGCCCCGGCUGCGGCGGCCCUUCCUGGAGGGGGCGGCCGCGGGCGCCGCGGGGCUGGCGCUGGGCGCCGGCUUCGCCGCCCCCGAGGAGCGCUGGGCCCCCUUCAAGGAGGCGGGCUACCCGCAGCAGCGGGCGCUGCCGCCGCCGCCGGCCCCCGUGCUGCGGCCCCUGGGGCCCCCGGCCUGCGGGCAGACGGCCUGCGACAACGUGGAGCUGGCCGCCGGCUACAACGGGCACUGGCCGCUGCGCGGCGAGAAGGUGGUGCGCUACCGCGUGGUCAACCUGCUGGACGACGAGGGCCGGCGGCCCACGGUGAGCCGCGAGCAGGUGGCCCGGCAGCACCGGGUGCUGAGCGAGGCCUUCCGGCCCUACAACAUCUCCUGGCAGCUGAGCCUGCUGGAGGUGCGCAACUCCUCGCUGCGCCGGCGCGCCGUCCUCCUCGGCUGCGAGCCCAGCAAGAUCGGCAACGACCACUGCGACCCCGAGUGCGAGCACCCCCUCACCGGCUACGACGGCGGCGACUGCCGCCGGCCCGGCCGCUGCUUCUCCUGGAAGCGCCGCGACGGCGUCUGCCACAUGGAGUGCAACAACAUGCUGGACGACUUCGACGACGGCGACUGCUGCGACCCGCUGGCCACCGACGUGGCGAAGACCUGCUUCGACCCCGACUCGCCGCAGCGGGCUUACAUGAGUGUGAAGGAGCUGAAGGAGACACUACAGCUGAACAGCACCCACUUCCUCAAUGUUUACUUUGCCAGUUCAGUGAGGGAAGAGUUGGCCGGUGCUGCCACCUGGCCAUGGGAUAAAGAGGCCCUUAGUCACCUGGGUGGAGUUGUCCUCAAUCCUGCUUAUUACGGUAUGCGUGGCCACACAAACACCAUGAUCCAUGAAGUGGGACAUGUCCUGGGGCUGUACCAUGUCUUUAAGGGAGUGAGUGAGCGGGAAUCUUGUGACGAUCCCUGCAGGGAGACAACUCCUUCUAUGGAGACUGGAGACCUCUGUGCUGACACUGCCCCAACGCCAAAGAGUAAACUCUGUCGGGAUCCAGACCCUACCAAUGACACCUGUGGCCAGACACAUUUCACUGGAACACCCUUCAACAACUAUAUGAGUUACACAGAUGACGACUGCACCAACACCUUCACUCCCAACCAAGUGGCCCGGAUGCAUUGCUACCUGGACUUGGUGUACCAGCGCUGGGGCCAGAGCAAGAAGCCUGCGCCCAUCCCCAUUCCCCCGAUGGUCACAGGGCAGACACAAGACUCCCUCAGCAUCUACUGGCUGCCUCCCAUUAGUGGCGUCAUACAUGAGAGGGAGCCUGACACGCUCUGUGAAGACUGUGCUGAAGAUGGCACUUUCCAUCAGUAUGUCCAUGAGGCCUCUUCCCCUCGGGUCUGUGAUUCCUCUGGCUACUGGACCCCAGAAGAGGCAGAAGGGCCCCCGGAUGUGGAUCAGCCCUGUGAGCCCAGCUUGCAGGCCUGGAGUCCAGAGCUCCACCUGUACCACAUGAACAUGACUGUGCCUUGCCCCCAGCCCGACGGCUGCAUCCUGGAGUUGCGCUUCCUGCACCCCGUCUAUCCAGAUUCCCUCACGCUCUGGACCACAUAUCUCUCCACGGACUCUCCCAAGGCGCUGUCUGACAUUGAAGUCCUAACAGAGCAUGGAGAAUCCAUCCAUCUGGGCCCCCUAGACACCUUCUGUGAUGUCCCUUUGACCGUGAAGCUCAACAUCCAUAAGAAGGUGUCUGGAGUCAAAAUCUACACCUUUGACGAGAGGAUGGAGAUAGAUACAGCCCUGUUGACCUCCAUGCCCCAUAGCUCUCUCUGCUCCUCCUGCAAACUGAUACAAUACAGAGUCCUCCGUGAUCCUCCAUUUGCUGAUGGCUCCCCUGCCACAAUGGCACAAGCACACCGCAAGUUCACUGACACGGAAGUCACACCUGGGCAGGUGUAUCGCUACCAGGUGCAGGCAGUCUCUGGGACAACCUUAGGAGAAGCCUCCCCACCGCUAAUCCAUGUCCAUGGAGCUCCCUACUGUGGAGAUGGGAAGGUGACCACGAGCUUGGAGGAGGAAUGUGAUGAUGGGGGUUUGCUGGAUGGAGAUGGCUGUUCCAGGAUGUGUAAAAAGGAAAAAGACUUCAACUGUGUUGGGGAGCCAAGCCUAUGCUACGUGCAUGAUGGGGACGGAGUGUGUGAGCCUUUUGAGAAAGCAAGCAGCAUCCUGGACUGUGGUCUCUAUACCCCUGAAGGAUACAUUGACCAGUGGGCAGCAAAAGCCUAUGCCUCCCAUCAGGAUAAGACAUCAUGUCCUGUUUCCUUGGUGACUGGGGAGCCUGUUGUGAAGGUAUGUAAAUCCCACCUUCAUGAUGUGCCAAAGGACCUUCCCCUUGCUGCUUGGUUCCCUUGUACUCCCAGCCAAGGCAAUGCUCAGGAUCCAGAUGGUGAGAGGAUGCCCUUGGAUAACGAAAGAGUUUGGCUCAAGGUGUGCUUCCACAGGCCGGGAGUGCCUACCUCCGUCUUGGUUUUCCUGGCGUCCGAUGGCACCGUCCCAAGUGACCAGCGCAAGCCAACUGUCACUGUCCAACUGAGCGACAUAAAUGGGCUGAACCUCUCUUUGGGGACACAUGAGCUGUCAUGUCAGCAGAACCCGCUCAUCAUCAACGUGACCCACAACCAGGAGUACCUUUCCCACCGGAUCGCUUCAGUGCUGCUCAAUUUCUCCUCCCCGCUUGUGGGCAUCGCAGCUGUGGCCUUGCGGACAUCCGCUCACUCCAGUUCUUCUGACUCGACCACCUGCCUCUUGGAACACGAGGAGGGACACAGCCACCAGACCUACAGCUGUGCCCACCGUACCUGUGCAGAGCCGGGAAGCUGCACACACCCAGUGCUUGCUCACACCGCCACCCUGAACUGCACCUCCAGUGGUCCAAGGGACAUGGAGUGUGUUGUUUCCUGUGAAAAGGGAUUCGUCCUCCGCUCCAGCAAUGGGAAGAGCCUGGGCUCCAUGCAGAAGGAGAUGGUGCUGACGUGCAGCUCAGGGCAGUGGGACAGAUCUGUGACUUGUGACCCUGUUGACUGCGGUGUCCCUGACCAGUCACAUGUGUUCUACGCUGAGUUCUCCUGCCCGAAGGGGACCACGUACCUGAAGAGAUGUUCCUUCUCCUGCAUCCGGCCAGCUAAGCUUCAAGGAAUGAGCCAGUGGUUGACCUGCCUUGAGGAUGGACUCUGGUCACUCCCUGAAGCCUACUGCAAGCUGGAAUGUGAUGCUCCUCAUGUGGUGGCCAACGCCAAGCUACUGGUCCCACGGUGCCUGCAGGGGAACCAUGACGUGGGCUCAGUAUGUCGCUAUAAGUGUAAACCUGGAUACCACGUGGCAGAGAACGCAGUGGGCAAACCUAAGAAGAAGUUCCUGAAGAUCCAGUGCUUGGAAAGUGGCCUGUGGGAAGAAGGGCACUGCAUUCCCGUGGUGUGUGAGCCACCUCCCCCGGUCUUCGAGGGGAUGUACAACUGUACCCAGGGCUUUGAGCUGGACAGCCAGUGCAUCCUGAACUGCGAGCCACAGAGCGAGAGGGUUCCCAUCCUUUGCACUAAGGAGGGCUUAUGGACAGAAGAGUUCAAACUGUGCAAGAACUUACAGGGGAACUGCCCGCCGCCUCCGGAGCUGAAUUUUGUGGAGUACAAGUGUGAACAGGGGCAUGGAAUAGGUGCUGUGUGCAUGCCUUCCUGUAUUAUCCCCCCCAGCGAUCCAGUCAUACUGCCCGAAAAUGUAACUGCUGAGACUAUGGAUCACCGUCUGCAGCCCACCAGAGUCCAGCAUAUCGUAUGCACGGGCAGGCUGCGAUGGUAUCCAGACCCCUCCGUCAUUCACUGCAUCCAAUCGUGUGAGCCUUUCCAAGCAGAUGGCUGGUGUGACACCAUCAACAAUCGGGCAUACUGCCAGUAUGACGGGGGUGACUGCUGCUCCUCCACACUGUCCUCCAGGAAGGUGAUCCCAUUUGCUGCUGACUGUGACCAGGACGAAUGCACCUGCCGUGACCCAGCAGCUGAGGAGAACCAGUAGUGGCACCGCGAAGGGCCUCUCUCGGUGAGGCGAGCAUCAGAGGAGGAAAGGGGCAACAACAGGGGCUGCUGGGAGGGUGGCAGGACGCACGAGGGGGGUCAGGAGACGUAAGAGGAAGAGCCGGACAGUUGGGAAGACAGCAACGCAGGUGCCCAGCGUCCGGCGGCGCCGCCUGCUAGAGGAGUGAUGGGCACGGUGGGGAUGGGGCGAGGACACCAAGAAGCCGGUGGGCAGAGGACAGACGCAUUCACUGCACUGCCACGGUCCCCUCUCAUCACUGCACCCUUCCCUUCGGGCUCCCUCCCAAACCAAAGCCGGCAACUGGGGCCCGCCGUGCACGCGAGUGGGCUCACCGAGGAGUCUGGCCACUGCCUUGGCUGCGCGCUGGGCUGGGCUCCAAGGCAACAGCUGAGAAGCUGCCACGGACACUUGGUUCUGUUACUGUAUGGAUGGGUUGCCAAUUCUGAGUGUCUGUCUUUGCUCUGAAUUUGUCACUAUUCACCCCCCCUCUACUGUAUAGGCUUCCUUUAGCAAGGUCGAGGUAGUUGUGAUCUCUCUGCAAAUAUUUAAACUUAAUUUUAUAUAUAUAUAUAUACAUAUAUAUAAUAUAUAUAUAAAUAUAUAUUAUAUUUUCUUUGCUCUUUAUGAAGCUGAGAAAGGAUAUCCUUUGUCACACACCCAUGCUGCUGUGAAGUACAAAUCAUCGGGAAAAGUGCAGGUAGGGGUGGGAAGAGUAGGGAAUUUCCCCUCAUUUGGUAAGAGGGAGCUGGAAAGAGGACAGAGAGAGAAGCCAAACAACUGGACUACAAGAGGACACAGCUCCCCGGGCACAUGGCAUACAGGGUGGGACCUUGAGAAGCUCUCGGCAGCUACAAAGGCCAAGUUUUGCUUUUGGGAUUUGUAGGUGCUUUGCCUUUCUCUGGUUUGGGUCCUGAGACAGGAUUUUGAGGUACAGCUGUACCUGAAAAGAAAUACUACUGUACCCUUGAUUCAUUCCAGCAACCGCUGCAGCUUAGGUGAGCAUCACUGUGCUGAAGGACAUGACAGACUCAGCCCACUAUUUGAGACCUUCAGGAGGGGUGACAUGUCCAUGAAGAUUGUGGCAUGGCAGAUAGAUAGCAGCAAAGACACUCCACGUUCCCACUCUGCCGUGCUCCCCCUUUUGUUUUGGCUGGUGAUGACCCAACUAAAUGAGAGAUGUAGAGGGCAAUGUAGAACAACUGUGUGAUGCUCUGAAAUGAAUGAAGCUAAAGAGUUGCUUUUCUCCCCCAUGUCUCCUUUCCAAACACAAGCUUCAGCAGUGUUGCCAGCAGCUCUGUGAGGAGAUGAGACCCAGAGCACAGGGAGAGAUGGGGCACAGAGGACCUGUCAGGAGACUCUGAGCAUCAUCUUUUUCCACUGAGCUUCUCCUUAUUAUCUCUGUCACUGCGUCCACACUGCUGGGCUUACAAUUGCAGAUUAUCAUGAGUAUCUUCCUUCCAUAGGUACCAAGUGAAAAAUCCCCUAAUUAAUUUCUAGCCAUGAAGAAGCCCAGCUAGAAGCUUUGGGACCCAGAGCUGACUCUCAGGCGUUCAGCUUGGCGGUCUGGACACAGGCCUGUAGAGGCAAAGGGUAGAGAAGGCACCUAGCUUUGAUGGCUUUUGGCUGUGCUGGGGUCUUGCUGUGUACCCCUGCAAAUUUCGCAUGGCUGGGUGCUGGGAACAACUCUGUGGCCAGAUGUGAGAAAUGAGAAGAGGGCAAAGAGGCAGGGAAAAGGGCUAAAGAGAGCAAAGCAGAGAAGGGGCAACAGAGUCAGACCAGGAAAACCCAGCUGGGCCCGGGAUGCUCUGUAGCCCUCCAGGCUGGGGCCAAGAGGCCGAGCCUGCCCUGCUGUGCCCCGCGUGGGCAAGGCCUGCGUGCCUGCAGCGGGGGUGAGGCCGGGGCCAGAGUCUGGCUGGCACAGGAGUGAUGGAGAGAGGGUGACAGUGUGGAGAGAUGGGAUUUUUCAAGGUGGCCAUCCCAUCCUUUGGCUCUUGCUGGCCUGCCCCAAUUUUUGUCAGGCAGCUCCAAAAGGUAUGUUUGGCCGGAGGAUAGGAAUAGACAGAGGCAUCUAGCCAUCCCACCCAGUGUCCAGAAAUGAGAUGCUUCAUCCUUCUCCGAGCCCUUUUCCGAUCUCGAGAGCACCCAUGGCUCCUUGGCGGGUCACCUCCCUGCAGGGAGCAGAGCUCACCCGAAAGCUCCUUCUUCCUGGUGGAAGAAGCUGGGCUGAGCCAGUGCAGACCUAACCAUGGUGGGAGUGAAGAGGCACAUCGCCCCUGCAGCCGAAAACAGCAGUUGUGGCUAAGCCCUGCGAAGGUGCGGGGCUGUCGGGGGUGCUGCCAGCCCCUCUGAGCCCUGGGAGAGCGCGGCUCAGGAGAGCAAGCCGAAAUGAGGGAAGCAGUGGCCAUGGAUAUGUGGAAUGAGGGUGACACUCAGAGGGAGACCGGAGAAUUUCAAGUACCUGCAUCUUGCCAUAUCAAACCCUUCCCUGCCUGACUUCAGCAUUAGCUGGGUGCUGGAGGACAAGGCAGGCUAUUAACGUGGAAACUUAAGUAUUUAGAUGCCAAAUUUUUACCCUCUUAGUACGAAAACCCUCGUCUCAGUAGUGACUCGCCCAAAGGUCCCUUAUCACUGGUAGGGUGCAGGUCCAUGCACACCGCUGGCACCGGUGCAGGGAAGGGGCCACGUGUGGUCUGGCCCUGCACCACAAGCCAGACGGGGGGCCCGGGGGGCCCGGGGAGGGGGUAGGUGUUGGCUAGGCUGAUAGCGACUUGUGCUUCUCGUGAACAGAUAGCUUCUACGUACCGAAAUAUUGUUCUUCUAUAGCGACACUGAGCGGUUUUUGUCCCCUUUAGGGUUUUAUUCACAACGGAGGCUGCUGCUAUUUUUAUUUUUUGUAUUUGAUAAUUAUUUUUUAUAAAAAUCUAUGAAAAAUAAAUAAUCU